UGCAUGACUUGCGAGGUUGUAAGGUGUAAUGGCGGACCUGGCGGUUCGAUCAGCAUGGGCACAAAAGAAUAAUUCCAUACGUUUCCCCCUGGCAUUAUAUAUUGAUACAAAAUAAUGUUGAGUUAAAAUACAAUCCCAGGGAUUAGGGUUCAGGGGUUUAGGCCAAUGUUUAUUUGAUUAUUUCUCUAGUGGCGGGUUGAAGCGGUUAUGGCAGAGGAGGAUGUCAUGGCUAAAGGAGAGCUUUCCAACUCAUGUUGCACUGCUUGGAAGGAAAAGUACGCCAAGUUGAAAGAGAGGUAUUCUAAGCUCGAAGAAGGCCGCAUUGCCCUUCGCAAGGGGCUGUCAAUCUAUGAGCUGCAGGUUUCCAAGAUGCAAUCUGAGAAUCUCACUUUGAAGAAGGCUUAUGAGAGCGAGAAAAAACAGGCAGAAAAUGAAAGAAAUGGCAGAGAAAAAGAAUCUGCUCUGCGAGCUUCCUUGGAGAGUGAAGUGGAUGCUCUAAAGACCAAUGUUCUUUCGUUGCAGCAAAAGUCAGGUCCUGCUAGUGAAGAUUGGGAAAGAGAAAAGGUACAACUUCAGGGGUUCCUUUCAGAAAAGGAUGCAGAAGUUAGCCGACUGAAGGAGUUUCUUGAGAAUGAGAGACUCAGAGCAGAUUCAGAGAAAAAGAAAGCCGAUGCAGAGAGGAAAAAAGCUGAUGAGUUAAGGAAAAAGUUGAAAAUUGAGAAAACUAAGGCCGAUGAAGAGAGGAGGCUAGUUGAAAGUGACAGAAAAGAGGCUGAAGAAAAUAGGCUGAAGCUGGAGGCUGCGAUGAAGGAUGUUGAUGAAGUUAAAAUGAAGUUGGCGUUGGAGACAUCAAAAGCAGCAGAGAUGAAGAAGAAAUUGGACACAGAUAUGCAAAACAGAAAGACAGAUAGAAAACGGGCAGACUCAUCUAUCUUGAAAGCUGCAGAGCAAACAAAGCUUGCUGAUACAAACUUGAAGAUGGCAAUGGAUGAAAAACGUCGCGCUGAUGAUUUGUCACAGCAGCUGGACCAGUAUAACCAAAGAAUUGAGAUUCUAAAGAAGGAGAUAGUUGAACUUAAGUCGUCUAGGAUAUUAAUUGAUAACGUAUCUGAUAAGAAGAGAGAAGCAGCAGAAAAACUUGCCCAUCCAGAGAUAGUAAAGCAGCUAGAAGAUCAGAAAAAAGUUCUCGAGGCAUACAAGAAAAAGGCAUCAAAGGAAAAGCAUCGUGCAGACCAGUUAUCACGUGACGUAAAGGAUUACAAGAAAAGGUUAGGAGAGCUACAAAAGGAAAUCAAUUCCCUUGUUUCCUCCAGAUCAAUUGCUGAAUCUGCUCUUCAUUCACAUGAUAGAAGUUUGAAAUGUCAAACUGCUAAAAUCAGUUUCUUGGAAAAGCAACUGAAGUUGGAAAAGAUGUUGGUAAAGCACUCAAAAGGAGCCGCAGAGCUCGAAAAAGCUCGUAAUGGCAUACUAAAAGAAGAACUAUUGCACUUAAAACAAGAUAUUUCUCAAUUUUCAAAGCGCUUGAAUUUAUUGGAUGAUUAUUUCAUUUGCUCUGAUGAAGCUAUUCAAGAUCUUGAAAAGGAAAAACUGAAAAAUCAACAAUUCGGUAUUGAAUCAUAUCAGACGCGUUCUCAUCUCAAAGAUGGGAUUGCUCUAAUGGCUGCUGCUGAUGAAACUGAUUCAUUCAGGGAAAAUGUAGAUGAAGGCAUUGCACCUGUGCUUGCUAUAUCUGGAGUAAAUGGCACUAGAAGUGUUUCAGGUAUUAAUUCUGAAUUGGAGCCUUUGCUUAAAGGCGUUAACAAAAAAGUGUUACAGAGUUCUGCCAUAAAUUCCUGUUCGACAUCUUUUUCUGAUAGACCAUUGGUCGGCUCACAGGAAAGACAUUCUUCUGGCACCAGAUCAGAUAAAUUUGCUGAAAAUAAAUCCGACCCAAAAGAGAAGUGCAAUGAGAAUCUUGCAACAAUUGUGGAAAGUGGUGUCAAAAGUCCUGUUAUUGAUACAUCUACCAAGAGGAGCAGUCGGCAUCAUAAGAAAAGGAAGAGGUCUAUUGAUGCUAUUUGCAGUUUGCAGUCUAAGAAUGAGCCGCAACAGAAACAGGUACUUUUUCUGCAUUCUGUGUCAGAAAACCAAACUGAUAAAUCUGGAAGCACUAUAGCGUGCUUCCUUCCUCGUGUGGAAGACGGUAUUGCCAGUUUUCAUGAUAGAUCUCAUAAGAAAAGAAAGGCUUCUUCUGAAAAACUUCGGAAGUGUCAUGUGAAUGAUGCCGAUAGGGUAAAGGCAAACCUCAAAGUGUUGGGUAUGCAAGAGUGUAGUAUACUUGCAAAUUCCAUCCCACCCGUUCAUCAUCGCAGUGGAACUGAUGAUAACGGAAAGGAUAGGAGUGAUACACUUGGAGAUUUUGAGUUACUGGUUGGAGAUGACUACAUGAAACUGCUUGAUUUGGAUAAUAGUGUAGAUGAAGAAUCUUAUCGUUUGGCACUCCAAAUGCCUUUGUCACCUGAACUUCCAGAGAUCAAGUGUGAAAGCAAUGCACGUGUAUCAAGUAACUCUCAUCUCUUAUUAGAUAAUAAUAAUAAUUCUCUCGGGGAACUUUCACGUAUGAAGGGGAGCCUUUCUCCACUGGAGCACUUUGAUGUCCUUGAUUUGGAAAUCAACUCAAAUAAGGCAACACAUGGUACCAUAGGGAAUUCAAAAAAAUCAUUGUCACCAGAGGCGCAUAUAUCUAAUUCUAUCAGUGAACCAAUGAGUACAGUUGAUGUAUUAGCUUGUGCUAAUGAGAGUUCAAAGGUUUCAAGUGGUAGCAGAGACCCAAACCCAUGUCAUGGUAUACCAAAGUGUUGUGUUGUGUUUUUUGAUAAUGACAAAGUGGAAAGCAUUUCCGCAGUAUACUCGGCAACCAAAAACUUCAUGAAUCAGUGUUCAACAGUUUCAGCAUCAAAUCUGUAUCUCAGGAACAUUGUCAUUUUCAUUUCAGGUGCUCAAGAUCUUUCAUCCAAGGAAAAAGCAUCAGUGUUUUUGUCAGUCUUGCUGCACUACAUUUCAGAAAUGGAAACAAGUGAUCUCUGCAAUGGUUGGGAUAGAGCCUCGGUCCUGCGUAUUGCAUCUUUUGCUCAUCACAUAUGUACAGUGCCCUCUGACGUGAACAAUGGUAUGACUUUUGAUGAAUCAUGGAAUUUGUAUGAACUGCUUUCACUUUUAGAAGACUUCAUCUUGCAUAGAGAAGUUCUGAUGUUUGAUAAUGUCUGUUCUGAUUCGAAAUCUUCAAAGGAUUCUAGGAUCAACCUUGUUCUGAAUGCUAAUGGUGUACGCUUCGUUAGUCAAGAAGCUUCCAUAAACUUGUCAGUGGCUGGAUGCAUUUUGUUAGCUUCAUUAUGUGCUGAAGUUGACCACAUUGGUUUCAUUUGUGAAGCAUCAUUCAACACUCUGAGGAUGUUAAAAUCAGACCCUUCAUUCGUGCUAACUGCUCUCCAUAUCUUUGCCUAUGUAUGUGGGCACAAGUAUUUUGGCAUCAAACAGUAUUGCUUUGUAAUGGCUGUAGUAAGAUCCCUGGUUAUGUUCCUUGAGAAGCUUAACCCUCCUGACUGUAGUUCCUGCUUUACAUCUUUGGCUGAGGAUCUGUCUAAAUUAUGGUCAGGCAGCAAUUGCCCAUUUUCAGAAGGCACAUCUUCUAUGGAUGGCGGCUCAUCUUCUAUGGAUGGCGUCACAUCAAUGCUCCUAGAUAAACUUCAGAACUGUAUCUGGUCCAGUACAAGGCAAAAGGUUAAAGUUAUCCAUCCUUCAAUCAAUGGAGAAAAGAAUGAUACAGAGAAUAUGGACAUUUCUGCUGCUCCAAGAACAGCGGACACGCCAUACUCUGUUACCGAUGAUGGCAAUGGGUGCUUCUUGACUGAUGUCCUUGCAUUAGUUGAACUUGUAUCUUGCUACAUGAGCUGGGAUUGGACUGUUGAAAAUAUUGUGCGCCCUGUGUCAAAAAUGAUGGAAUCAUGCCCAUUGGAGCAUGUACCUGCAGCUAUUCUGGUUCUUCUUGCCCAACUUGGAAGGUAUGGGGUUUCAGCUAAUGGAUAUGAAGAUAUUACAAUCCAGAACUUGAGAGAUCGGUUAUCAGCUUUGCUCUGUGGGUGUGAUUCUAAAACAGUCAGUCAUGAGAUUCAGUUUUCCAUUGCCAUUGCUUUACUGGGCGUAGUUCCUCUCAACUUUGCAGAGAUUGUGGAAAGAAAUGCUGAAAUUUCUGGAUUUGAAAGUCAGUAUCAAGCUACCAUUUGCUUAAGGAAAUGGUUUUCACUGUUGAGCUAUGAAGAGCAGUUGUCUUUUAAGCAUGUGGUUUCCUCAAGUGAAUGUCUCCAAAAUGUACACAUUCCUCUUGUAAAAUGAUUAUUGUAUAGAAAGGAGAGGGGGUGUAUUGGACUAGUGUUUGUUUUUCUUAGUGCUUCUGUAAUAGACGGAUAUCCAAGUUUCCAUGCACAUGGCGUCAAAGUAGGGUUUUUUUAAUCAACCUGCUUUGGUUAGCCCAACAUGUGCUUUCUGCCUUGAACUUUGAUUAGAUAUUCAAAGGUACCUUUGCAUGCAGCUUUAGAAUUGGAGACUGCUUUGUUCACUUCUGAUAUAGUCAGUCAACUGGAUCAAUCUGACCUUUUGUGGUAUCUUAUCAUUCUUAUGUGUACCCCAAAAUCGCAGCCUGUGCUGUCGGCUGGUUCUCAGGUCAAGGCCCCCCUGAUGUAACGUUAUAAAGGCAGGCCCUUGGAGAGGAGAAGAUAGAUGGAAGGUGGUAGAUAUUCGGUUGAUUUGGGUAACCUCCAACGCAAUCGAAGAAACGAGAUUGGGAGGAAGAAAUCCCGCAAAGGUAAAGAACUUGCCGGGUCUUCAUCUCAAAGUCGAGAUGAUUUUGAAACGGGUUACCAAAGGCGAGAUGGAGAUGCGAUGUCCGAAGAACAACUCCAACAAGAAUUGGCCCGACAUAAUAACCGCUUUCUACAACAACAACAAAUGCCGACGACCAUUGACGAAGAGGAGCUUGAGGAUGAAGAUGCGGAGGAAUUGGAACCGGAGACGGCCGAGGAGGAGGGUGCCGGCAGCCACGAC